AUGUCGCGCCCACCAAUGAACACAAACGUUUCGUUUGACAAGGGAAGCGCACCACCCCCGCCUCCCAAGGGUGGCAGCUCGUCAAAGCACUAUGAGAAUCCAGUCCCCACCCUCGGUUACGAGGAAGCUGGCUACGGCUCUGGAUCCUACACCCAGGGCGGCGCCGACGUCCGGAGAAAGAAAUCCAUGGUUCGCCCCGAGCGCGAGCGCAUCGAGCCCGGCCACCGCUUGUAUCACUACCAGCAGCACGCCGCAGACCAGAGCGUCCGCGUGCACCCCAGUGCUACCGGCAACCAGCCCUAUGCUCCGCACAGAGGAGGCGCCUCCGGCCUCCGUCGCGGCAAGUCGGUGCUGGGACGCGAAGGUGACCAGGAAGCGAACGAGUCCGGCCUCAACCUUUUCAAGCGCGGUGCGACCAUCCGCCGCAAGGCAUCGCGCGCCGCUCCACGGCCCAAGCACGGAGGCACUUCGGCACCACCCCCUCCGCCGGAGAAGCCGCGUGGGUGCUGUGCAAACAUUGCCCCCGGUCCCGUCGACUGCUGGAUGAUCUACUGCUUCGUCAUUACGUGCUGGAUCCCGCCCUUCAUCCUCUCCGGUGUCUUCGGUAAGAAGACGCCAGAGGCGCAGCGCGCUUUCCGCGAGAAGAUGGGCAUUGUUGCGAUCUGUGCUGGUCUUAUGGCCAUAGUCGGUUUCAUUACCUUCGGUUUCACCCAGGUUGUGUGUGGAAACCACGGCAUGCGCGUCAAAGGUGGACAGGUCAACAACGGCUCCGUCGUGCUCAAUGGUUACGUCUACGAUCUUGCCGACUGGAAGCACCCUGCCACUGCCGAUGGCGUUUUCAACGGUUCCACCAACCCAAUCUGGUUGGACGAGUGGCAAGCUGGCGGUAAGGACAUGAGCUUCCUGUUCCAGAACGUGAACAAGAAGUGCCGCGGGCUUCUUACUCCCGGUAGCCAGGCGCCCAGCGCUAUGCGCGGCCCUGGCAACACCAUGUCGUGGUACUUCCCCUGCAACCUCUUCAGCCAGAACUCGACUCAGACCGUGGUCAAGGAUGGCUAUCUGGAGGGCACUAACUGCCACUUGGAUGCGACUGCCCGUAGCGACCUCGCCAACAUGCCGCCCGAUGGCAUUGUGUACUACACCUGGGACCAGGUUGCCAACCCGGACCGCAACCUCGCAGUGUACAAGGGCUCCGUUCUCGACCUCUCUCUGCUCAACUGGCUCGACUCUAACCUGGUCCAGUACCCCUCCCUCUUCAACACGCUCAAGACUGGCAAUGAGACGUUCAAGGGCCGCGACGUGACGUCCGUGUUUGUCCGUGCGAGCUGGGAGAACUACGGAGAUUGCCUUACCGACAUUAUCCGCGUCGGUUUCGUCGACAGCAUGACCAUUGGCUGUGUGGCGUCUCAGAUCGUCCUCUACGUGUCGCUCGUGUUCAUCCUCGGCGCCGUGUUGAUCAAGUUCUUCAUGGCGCUCUACUUUGGAUGGUUCAUGAGCUGGCGCAUCGGCAACUUUGAGGGCGAGAGCUACAAGGACCGCAUGAAGCGCGCCGAGGAAAUCGAGAACUGGACCGACGACAUUUACCGUGCCGCGCCUGGGUACAUGCGUCCCAAUGCUCGCGAAGCCCGUGCUGCAAAGAAGGGCGGCCAUUUCCUGCCGAAGCAGUCGCGUUUCAGCAAGGCCGACACGAUGAUGGUCAGCAACUCGCGCCCGAACACGGGCUACGGGAGCCCCUUUGACACGCCCCGCCGUCAGCCUUCCAGCUUCUACGGCAACAGGCUCACACCCCCGGGCUCGCCCAUGCUGCACGGCUCGCGUUCUUCGACCUCGUUGCCGUUCCGCGCUGAUGCUUCGCGCGCCUCGCUCCACGACUGCCCCUUCCCUCUCGAGAACGUCAUCCCGCAGCCCGCUCCCGACUUUGAGCCUUUCGGCUACCCGCUCGUCCACACCAUCUGCCUCGUCACGGCCUACUCGGAGUCGAUCGAGGGUCUGCGCACGACCAUGGAUUCUCUUGCCACAACCGACUACCCCAACAGCCACAAGUUCAUUCUUGUGGUCUGUGACGGCAUGGUCCGUGGUUCUGGUUCCAAACAGUACACUCCCGACAUUGUGCUCAGCAUGAUGAAGGACCUCGUUGUUCCCGAGCACGAGGUCGAGGCUCACUCGUACGUCGCCAUCGCCGACGGCCACAAGCGUCACAACAUGGCCAAGGUCUUCGCCGGCUUCUACGCCUACGACAACGACACGGUCGAGCCAUCCAAGCAGCAGCGCGUUCCCGUUGUUCUUGUCGCUAAGACGGGUAAUCCUCUCGAGCGCAACGACGCCAAGCCCGGUAACCGUGGCAAGCGUGACUCGCAAAUUGUGCUCAUGGACUUCCUCCAGAAGGUCAUGUUCGAUGAGCGCAUGACGACCUUCCAGUACGAGUUCUUCAACGCCAUCUGGCGCUGCACCGGUGUCUCGCCCGACAAGUACGAGACGGUGCUGUGCGUCGACGCAGACACCAAGGUGUACCCGGACUCGGUUUCGCGUAUGAACGCGUGCAUGGUCAACGACACUGAGAUCAUGGGCCUUUGCGGCGAGACCAAGAUUGCCAACAAGCGCGAGACUUGGGUGACCAUGAUCCAGGUCUUCGAGUACUACAUCUCGCACCACCUCACCAAGGCCUUCGAGUCCGUGUUCGGUGGUGUCACCUGUCUCCCCGGUUGUUUCUCCAUGUACCGCAUCAAGGCGCCCAAGGGUGCGACCGGCUACUGGGUGCCGAUCCUCAACAACCCGGACAUUGUCGAGCACUACUCGGAGAACAUUGUUGACACGCUCCACAAGAAGAACCUGCUUCUUCUCGGCGAGGACCGUUACCUCUCGACGCUCAUGCUCAAGACGUUCCCCAAGCGCAAGAUGGUCUGGUGCCCGCAGGCUGUGUGCAAGACGAUCGUGCCCGACACGUUCAAGGUUCUGCUCUCGCAGCGCCGUCGCUGGAUCAACUCGACCAUCCACAACUUGUUCGAGCUCAUGCUGGUCCGCGACCUGUGUGGCACGUUCUGCUUCUCGAUGCAGUUCGUCGUCUUCAUGGACCUCGUCGGUACCCUUGUUCUUCCCGCCGCCAUCACGUUCACGCUCUAUGUCGCUGCACUUGCCAUUCGCUCGGCAAUCCAGCCGGACAAGCAGGACACUCCCACUGUGUCGCUCAUUCUUCUCGCCUUCAUCCUUGGUCUCCCCGGUCUCCUCAUCGUCAUCACAUCCCGCAAGAUGGUCUACGUCGGCUGGAUGUGCAUGUACCUGAUCUCGCUCCCGAUUUGGAACUUUGUCCUCCCCGCCUAUUCGUUCUGGCACAUGGACGACUUCUCCUGGGGCGAGACUCGUAAGGUCCAGGGCGAGAGCAAGGCGGAAACGGGACACGGCGACAAGGAGGGCGAGUUCGACUCCAAGGACAUUGUCAUGAAGCGCUGGGCCGAGUUCGAGCGUGAGCGCCGCUGGCGCGAGGGCACUGUCUCGCGUGACUCGGAGUACGGCGCUGGGAUGCGUUCCAACUCGCCAGGGAACAGCCGGAUGAACCACCGCCACUCGAUGGUGUCGACAUCUGAGACGUACCAGUCGGGCCUGAACACGGCCGAGUCGCAGGGCAUGCUGCGCCCCGACCCGCAGGGCUACCUGCACGGAGGGCAGUACGUGGCCAGCCCGAUCGCGGGAGAAGACCGCGACAUGGCUGCUCUUGGCCUGCCAAGGCAUGGCGAGCCAUCUAUCGUCUCCUCCGAGUCGGGUUACUCGGCUGGCCGGCCCAGCCGCAGCCCAGUGGACAACCGCAGCGCGUCCUACGGUGUCGGCUACUCGGAGGAGGAGCAGCCGAUGCUCGCGGGCGGCAUGUCGCCCGAGCAGUACCGUGGCGGGCCCUCGGCAUACGAAGAGCGGGACACGUACCGGUCUCCGCGCGGGCAGCCUGCGCCGCAGCGCGGCGUCUCGCUCGUGGACCCUGGCGUUGCACCGGUUGGCGCUGCGGACCCCGUGCGCCGUGUCGCACGGCAGCACAAGCGCCAGUCCUCGGGCCGUGGUGGCGUCACCAGCCCCGUGUCAUCGUCAUCCCACCAAUCUAGCCUACCCCCCGGAGCUGUGAGUUGUGUCUUGGAGUAA